AUGGCGGGAUCUCAAUCACGCCCUGGGCGCGUCAUUACCCACACUCUGAAUGAAUUGGGUCUUCUCACAAUGUGGCGGUCGCCCCGCGAUGUCAAGUUACUUUGCGCUCAGCGCUUUGUCCGACUAUUCGCAUACGGCGGCUCGACUCUUAUUCUCGCGUCGUAUCUAUCCGCCAUUGGUAUCUCCGAUGAUCGGAUUGGUCUUUUCAUGACACUCACCCUGGUCGGAGAUGUCGUUAUCAGUUUCUUUUUGACUCUUUUCGCGGAUGCGAUGGGUCGCAAGGCUGUACUUUCGUUGGGAUCGCUUUUGAUGGCUGGUAGUGGUAUUGUUUUUGCGAUGACGGGCAAUUAUUGGAUUCUUUUGGCUGCUGCGGUCUUUGGUGUUAUCAGUCCGAGUGGAAAUGAAAUUGGUCCCUUCCGUGCUGUGGAGGAAUCGACUUUGGCGCAUCUCACGGACCAUGAAAAGCUAAGCGAUGUUUUCACUUGGUACUCGCUGGUCGGUGCGGCGGGUACUGCGCUCGGUCAGCUUGUCUGCGGAUGGAUUAUUAGCUCGUUGCAGUCUUUGCAUGGAUGGGAAUUCAUUCCCUCUUGCCGCAUGAUCUUCUUUAUCUAUGCCGGUGUUGGUGUGGUCAAAUUGAUCCUGACUCUGGGUCUGACUUCCAAGGUCGAGGCUGAGACUGAAGAAGCGCCGGAGCAGGAGCAGAAUGGGGAAACCCGUCCUCUCUUGGCCGAUUCCAACUCUGCUGAGCAAGAGGCUCCCAAGAAGAAGUCAUUUUGGUCUACUGUCGAGGGAGAUCUGUGGUCCUUGGUUAUCCGACUGUUCAUUCUGUUUGGACUGGACGCUUUUGCCUCUGGAUUGGCAUCAAUGUCGUGGAUGACAUACUUCUUCCACCAAAAGUUCAGUUUGCCCGAGGGCGAGCUGGGCACUAUCUUCUUUUUCACUAGCAGUAUCUCCGCAGCCUCUAUGCUAGUCGCAACUUCCAUUGCCCGGCGCAUCGGAAAUGUCAAGACCAUGGUCUUCACUCACUUGCCAUCGACUAUCUGUCUCGCCCUGAUUUCUGUACCCAACAAUCUCCCGCUCGCACUGACCUUCCUUGUUCUGCGCGCCUGUUCCCAAAGUAUGGAUGUGGCCCCGCGGGGUGCAUUCCUCGCCGCGGCCCUGCCAAAGGAUAAACGGACAGCCAUCAUGGGUGCGGUCAAUGUGGUUAAGACUACCACCCAGAGUGUUGGUCCGCUUAUUACGGGAAUCCUGUCCCGGAACCACAUGCUCGGCGUCUCUUUCAUGUUGGCUGGUGGCUUGAAGGUUAUUUACGAUCUCGGCAUGCUGUUCACCUUUGCCCCUAAGGAAGCCGAACAGCGCAAGCUAGCUGCAGCUGCACAGGAGAACGACGAAGAGACUCAGUGA